GUCUUCCUAUCGGACUCAUUAGAGCGAAGCACAGGUCAUCUUUUAAGACUUGUGGGACUUUCUCUUUAGCUUAUUCUUUGGCCAAUAAUCAUUUUUUUUUCGCUUUUGACACAACAAAUUAUAUAUUUUAUAUAUGACAUGUAUGUUAGGUAGCUAGCAUGGUCAGCUAACAUUAAGGCGAAUCCGAGCUGUCAUUCAUACAGUCCAAGUGCGGCUAAAGUUACGGAUUUAAACGUACUGCGUUUCCAAUAGGAUGUCACAAGAGGAGCUUUUUUUGGACUCAGUAGCAGCAGGACAGGUAACGGAGAAAAAGAGCAGGAGUAACCUUGGUCUCGUCGUCACUGGGUUGUUAGGAGGGUCACUGGUCGCCCUGUAUGCAGUAGCGACUCCGUUUGUCACCCCUGCCCUGAGGAAAGUCUGCCUCCCGUUCGUCCCUGCCACCACGGCUCAGGUGGAGAAUGUCCUCAGGGUGCUGCGAGCCAGAACAGGUCGCCUGGUGGACAUAGGGAGUGGAGAUGGAAGGAUAGUGAUAGCAGCAGCUAAGCAUGGCUUUAAGGCAUCAGGCUUUGAGCUGAACCCCUGGCUGGUGUGGUAUUCUCGCUACAAGGCCUUUAGAGAGGGAGUCCACCGCUCCACCUCCUUCCACAUCUCUGACUUAUGGAAGGUCAGUUUUGCUCAGUACUCCAAUGUUGUCAUAUUUGGAGUCCCUCAAAUGAUGGACCAGCUGGAGGUGAAGCUUGCAAGCGAGUUACCGAGUACAGCCAAGGUGGUGGCAUGCCGCUUUCCCUUUCCUACUUGGGUCCCUGAAUGCACCGCCGGAGAGGGCAUAGACACUGUUUGGGUGUACGAUGCCAAGACAUUUAAAACACAGUUGCAAAAUGGCAUGACAAGGGAAAUGACACCAGAACCCAAAGAUAAACCAGAUUCACCCACAUAAAUGUAACUCUUAUCUUGUUGAAAAAUGUCAUCAUGCUCUUCAACACUGGGACAAUCUCUUUUAUUUUAUUUUAAAUCCACUCAAUUCUACUGUGGGGUCGGCCUGAAGAUGCUGGGAAGGACUGAUUAAAAAGAAAGUGCUACAAAGUG